AUGGGCUCAUCUUUCCUCGAGAUCUUACAAGAUCCGUUAACGCGAAAGCUGCUUGGGUUCGAGGCCGUCCAUGCCGAGAAGACGCCCUUCGUAGGCGGUGUUACGUCCAGACUCAAAUUUCUUCUCAACGAUGCCGCCAGCCAUUUGGCGUUUCUCAAAAUCGGAUACACCGCGCUCGAAGCGUUUCUCCAAGCGAACGUGACGGGCCCGCCAUUGGACUUCAAUCCGGAGGAAGCCAUUAUACCUGAGCAAUACCGCGGCGAGGAUUUGCAGUCCGUCAAAGAGGAAGUCUUUGACUAUCUUUCUGUCGAUGGCCUCCGCCCCUAUCCUCUCGCUCCGCACAUUGAACUGUUCUGGCUUGCAAAGGUGAUCCUGUCGAACCCGACACUUGCCGAGGCAGGGUUCAACGGUCGGAGGGCACGGAUAAGAGUCAACUUUUGGCACCAGAAACUUCUGUCGGAGCAGUCGCCCACUCUUCGCGACAGUAUCUACUCGGAUGCCGGAAUCCUCGAACAGCAGCUCGCUUCACGGCUGGCAUUCCACAGUGCUGAUUCUGAAGACCAUUUCGUCGAGUUUCUGGUCGAGCGAGCCACGAUACGCACAUAUUAUGGAGACGACUCUCUGGCCAGAGCAGAUCUCGCCAAAGCGGCAACGACGCGGCGGUUUGUCUUUGCGGUGACGGGCGUGUUGGGCAAGAGAACGCGGUACCAGGACCGUGACACAAGUCAGCUUGUCGUUCUGGCGAAGAGUCGCGAGCCUGAACCGGCAGCUGGAUCCGAGGUGGAGGAUCAUCAGCAGGAGCAGCAGGCUUCGAGCAAACCAAGUCAGCCCGAGAAUGUCCCUCUCAGCGAUGAUACACUACUUGAACAAAUCCAGUUCAGUAGUCCCCAGUCGACACAAACACCCACGGUGUCUGAAGCCACAAUGACUCACGUGGCCCCUGAGGAUGCGUUACCUCCUGAACUUGCGUCCCUCGAUCCGUCCAACCAGCCUCUGUUGGAGCCCAUGGACAGUAUCAUCCUGCUGGCUACGGCGAGUAGUAUCACCAACACAUCGCCCGACGACGGCUUGGUGCGCGAGGAGACUGUGCCUUAUGCGACGCGAGUGUUAGAGGGCGGGUCGUCCAAUUGGCAGGUUUACACCCAGGCUUUACUGGUCAGGAGUCGGAUCGAGGGGUAUCGAGCUCGGACAGCCGAGCGUGGAUUGUUGCAACUGCAGGCGCUGGUUGAUCAAGUCAUCGCAGAGACGUCUGAGGAUCAAUCAAAAUCGUCGGCAAAAGCGUCAGGGACCUCUUCGACGCCCACGACGUUUCUUCCAAAGCCCAAGGCCUCGGAAUCGGCGUCGGUCGCCGAGCGGCUGAAGUACAUAUACCAAUUGUCUCCACCUUUGCGAUGGGAGCUGGAGGCCGAGCUGGCCGCUCGCUGGACACAGAUGGGCGGCUUAAAGACCGCAUUGGAGAUUUACGAGCGGUUACAGAUGCAUGCCGAGGUGGCGUUGUGCCUUGCCGCAACAGAUCGAGAGCAGGAUGCCAUCAAGCUUCUGAAAGGAUUGUUGUUCGAAGAUUUCGAAUCUUCUCUGGACAACAAGAACAACGAGGCCGAUCCGCCGACGACUUUGAAACUCCGCUCUCCGCCUCCAGCCGACGCACCUCGCCUGCUAUGCAUUCUGGGCGAUAUCACCGGUCUACCGUCCUACUACACUCUGGCAUGGAACGUCUCCUCAAAGAGAUACGCGCGCGCCCAACGCUCGCUGGGUCGGUACUUCACCAAGAAACGCGACUUCAAAGCCGCAGCCGAGGCAUAUACUCUGGCCCUGUCGAUUGCACGACUCGACCGCUCAAGUUGGUUUGCACUGGGCUGUGUCCAACUCGAGCUGGAGGACUACCAAGGUGCAGUAGAGACAUUUACUCGCUGUGUUCAACUUGAAGACCACGACGGAGAGGCAUGGUCAAAUCUGGCCGUUGCGUUGCUAAAGCUGCCGAGACCGGGAAUGGAUGUGGUAGAGGCCAAGCCAGAUGAAGCGAUGAGAGGCGCCGCAAACACCACUUCGACUGGUACCGGGCAGACUGCUGGAUCUGCAUCUGCAUCUGGACUGGCGGAGGACGAAGAAGAAGGAGAGGGACAUGCAGACACCGACCUCUCACGCAAAGUUGAUCCGUAUCGACACGUGCGAGAGGCCCUGCGCGCCCUACGACGUGCCGCGACACUCAAGCGCGACGACGCGCGCAUUUGGGACAAUUAUCUCACUGUAGCGGCAAGCAUACCGCCGAGCGCAGGCACGCCUUGGAACGAGGUGAUGCAGGCCAUGGGGCGGGUGAUUGAAUUGAGAGGGAAGAAUGAAGGCGAAGGUGCCAUCGACGUUGGGAUACUAAAGGUUCUAACUGAAUAUGUCACUCAGGAAUGGACGUAUCCGACAGCAGCUAGCACCAACGGGGCAGAAGAGUCUGAAGGGGGAGCGCAGAAAAAGGGCGAAGACAACACAGAACCUGAAGCAGCGACCACAUCGGCCAACCUCCCAUACCUGCCCCGAGCAUUCUUGUCACUCGUCGACAACCAGAUUGCUCCUCUCGCAACGUCCUCGCCGGCCCUUUACGAUCUACUCUGUACAAUCUCCGAAUGGCGCAACCGACCCGCCCAGGCACUCCUGUACGCCGAAAAAGCAUGGCGCACCCACCUGACGAGCAUUUCACUUGCUGAAAACUUUGACGAACUCACAAACGAGGCGCAAUGGACCAAUGUUGUCGACAAGACUAUCUGGUUGAUUCGGCGGUAUCGAGAUCUUGGGCCGCGUGAACGAGAACGCACAGGCGGCCAGGUCGAGCCAAAGUGGCGGUUCAAGGCGAAGAGUGCCGCGAGAAAGGUUCUGGGUCGGUCCAAGGCCUGGGAAGGGACUGAGGCGUGGACAAGGUUGAAGGAGGAAAUGGAACUGCUGAAUGAGUAG